ACUUCUCUGAUUUUCUGUUUCUUCUUUCGUUGUAUGUAAUCAGCUGGUUAUGUUGCUUCUCAGUGUCAUUUUGUUGAUCUAAUUUCUACCUGCUGUAUCGAUUUGGAAUUCUGUUUAAUAUUUUCCAACGUGUUGAACGAUCAGCUUCUCAUUUUGUUGUGUUCUUAUUUUUUUAUAGACAAGAUGGCGGUUCCUCUUCUAACCAAGAAGAUUAUCAAGAAGCGUGUCAAGAGGUUCAUUAGGCCUCAAAGUGACAGGAGAAUAUGUGUCAAGGAAAGUUGGCGCAGGCCAAAGGGUAUUGACUCACGUGUUAGGAGAAAGUUCAAAGGAGUUACUUUGAUGCCAAACAUUGGUUAUGGUUCCGACAAGAAGACCCGCCACUAUCUGCCUAACGGUUUCAAGAAGUUUCUUGUCCACAAUGUCAAAGAUCUAGAACUUCUGAUGAUGCAUAACAGAACAUACUGUGCUGAGAUAGCACACAACGUGUCAACCAGGAAAAGAAAGGAUAUCGUUGAACGUGCAGCACAAUUGGAUGUUGUUGUCACAAACAAAUUGGCUAGGUUGCGCAGCCAAGAGGACGAAUGAUUGCUUUUCAAUAUAUUUCAAAUUUAUUUUCUAUUUUUGUUUGUUGUAAUAUCCUUGACUACAGUUUUGAAUCUAGAGCUGUUAGCAUUGACUGCAUUGAGUUAUAAUUUUCAAGUCUUUUGACAUAAUCA